AUGAGCUACUACCACAACCAGCCCCAGCUAGGGGCGACUUUUGUGCCAGGAGGCAUCGAUGACUAUUAUAUGCCGGCUCCUUCGCCAGAAGUCAUCUCCCCUGCGCCCCAGCGGAUCAUGCCCGAAGUGCCCGAGAACAUGCAAGAAAACAUCGCACAUCUAGAGUUGGAGGCAAACGGCCCUCGAGGCAUCAACGGCGCAAUGUCGCCAACGCAGCAGGGCUACAAUCAGUCGCAGCAGCAGUUCUCUCCGCGCCAGGCCAAUUACCCCAACGAGCUGCCCGCACACGACGAUCAAUGGCCAUCCCGACAAGGAAGCAUCUCCGCUGCCUUUCGACAACCACCCAACGUCCAGCCUCAGCCUGUCCAACCUCAGCACCAGCCCUCACACGAUUACAACCAGUUUGCGCAGCAUCACGAGGCACCCAAUUUCUCCCCCUUUCCCAAGCUCCCAAACAGACCGCCCAAUGUGCCCCCGUCCGACGAUGAAAAGGAAGCAGUCUUGGAAAAUGCGCGCCUGCCUGUCCUCAACUCGAACGAUCCCGAGAUGCAGUUGGCUUGGGCACAAGAUGCCCUACAAUACGUGGAUGCUGCGCAGUUGCACGAGCAGCGCAUCUCCGAGAUCCAGGGCGCCAGGCCGGCAACACCACAAGUCGAGCACCAGCUACGUGUGGAUGCAAUGAACGUGGUAACGUUUCUGGCAGAUCAGCACCACCCAAAGGCAAUGUUCAUGCGAGGAAUGUGGCUCGAGUUUGGCAAAUUUGGCAUUCGAGCCGACAAAAAGGAGGCGUUUCGAUGCUACUCUCGUGCGGCCGCAAAAGGAUAUGCCAGGGCGGAGUAUCGAAUGGGCAUGCAAUUCGAGCAGGCAAACGACCCUAUCAAGGCUCUGCAAAACUACAAAGCUGGCGCAGAGCAGGGUGACUCAGCCUCCAACUACCGUCUUGGUAUGAUGACACUCCUCGGACAGCACGGUCAACCCCAAGACUUCGCGCGGGGUAUUCAGCUUAUCAGACAGGCCGCUGCUACUGCAGAUGAGAACGCUCCCCAAGGUGCCUACGUCUUGGGCAUGCUUCAAGCGCGCGAACUUCCACAGAUCAGCGUUCCUGAGGCAUUCUUGGCUUAUGACGAGAAAGGUGCACGACAAAACAUUGAGAAGGCCGCAUACCUUGGCUUCGCGAAAGCCCAGCUGAAAAUGGGCUCUGCCUAUGAGCUCUGCAGCUUGGGCUGUGAGUUCAACCCUACAUUAUCAUUGCACUACAAUGCGCUCGCAUCCAGACAGGGUGAGCCUGAAGCGGACAUGGCUAUUAGCAAGUGGUUCUUAUGUGGACACGAGGGAGAAUUCAACAAGAAUGAGGAGCUGGCUUUCCAAUAUGCUCAACGAGCAGCAGCGACAGGUCUGGCCACUGCAGAAUUUGCCAUGGGCUAUUUCCACGAGAUUGGUAUGAAUGUUCCAGUCAAUCUCGAUAAAGCCCUCGAGUGGUAUGGAAAAGCCGAGAAGAACGGCAACAAAGAUGCAACCGCACGUAUAGAGAGUAUAUCGAAAUUAUCACGAACACUGUCGAAGAAGGACCAUGAAAACGUCGCAAUCAACAUGAUCAAGUCAAAGCACGGCUCCAUGCGGGGACAGCGACCAACACGGCUUCAGCAACCCCAUGCUCCUAUGGCAUCGAUCAGCGAUGUAAGCCCUUCUGAUUACGGUUCGGAUGCCUCACCUGCCACACCAGGAGGUGGUCGACUACCAGGCCGAGGCGAUAGCACGACACCGUAUCCUAUCUCUGACCAGCCUCCCAUGAUCGCAAAUGCGCCCAUGACAGCACCUUAUGACCGUCCAUCUACAGCAGCACCGUACCCAAUGGAUAACGGCCCUCCACGGCUAGGUCCACAACGUCCCACCAUGGCUGGUGGAUUUGCCCCGGAAAUCAGAGCAUCUAGCACUCGUCCGCCAUCAUCAGCUUUUAAUAUUAACCCCAACGUAUACCCACCAAAUGACCCAUAUGGACGUGGCAAUCCACGGCCAGGCCCUGGACAAGACAUGGGACCCAUACCAAUGCGACCUCAUACCAGCGUGGACAACAUGGGCCGAGGAGGACGCCUCCCCAACGUUGGCCGUGGUGCACAGCCACCGCCAGGUGGCCCAGCAGGCUACAGGCAGCCUGGAGGGCCAAGCGUUCAGCGUCCAGAUAUGCAGAACCGCCCAUCAACAACCCAGCCACUAGAUAUUGGAUACAGCGCGCCAGAUGGGCGGAACAAAUUGCAAAAGCAGCCAGGAGCACCGCUUCAGAAAGCACCCACUUUGCCUGAUAUCGGUUAUGUCGCACCUCUCGAGCCCCGUCAACACACCCGGCCUUCCACAGUCCAGCCAGGCCAGGAGAGUAGGACAUCUUCACGCCCUGGCUCAGCUGGCCGACAUGGUGGGCCUGACAAUGCGCCCAAUCCGAACAGGGUACAAGCCUUGCAGCAACAACCACCUCAUAAGCCAGGGCCAGGACCAGCGAGCAAACCAUCUACGCCCGGAAGCAAACCAGCUACACCGACUCCUCCCAGCAAGCCUGCGUCAACGGCUUCUUCAGGUCCAGGAAAGGGACCUAAAACGUUCGACGAGAUGGGAAUCGGACAGGCACCCAAGGAUGGCGAUUGUGUUGUCAUGUAA